UAAGGUCACAUAACACCUGGCUCUGGAAAUAAUUCUCAUCUGUCUACAGUUGAAAAUGCAUACGGACCUAGCUUCCCAUUUGCACACGCCGGCCUGCAACAAACUAAUUGAAGAGCUGCAAGCUUGCCACGACAAUAACGCUUUCGGCCGAUUUGUUGGAAUCUGUAAUUCCAUCGACGACAAGGUGGUCAAGUGCCUGAAGGGCGAACGCGUUGCCCGCUCCGCCGCCAACCGAGCCAAGGCCCGUGAGCAGCAAGCCAGAUACAAGGAGAGACUGCUGCACGGACAGACCGAAUAG